ACCUGCCAUUUUGACUUUGUAAAGCCAUACAUACAACUUCUGUUACGAGACGCGUUUUCUUUUCUAUGGAUAUACUCCUAAUGCCAUUACCAUUUUAAUUACUACUUGCUACAGCUUCCUCAUCACCUCAAAAUAAAAGGCUCUCAUUCUUCUUUGGCUGUCUCUGUUGGCUCUCUGUUGGCUGUCUCCAAAUCUAGGAUUAAUUUAACAAAAUAAGCCGAAAGCCUUUUGUGUUUUCAGCACCAACCCUGCUUCUUCUCUUUCUUGAUUGCUGUGGGAUAAAACUCCAAGAUUUCUACAACAAAAAUAUGUGUCCUUUGAGGUUUAUCUUGGUUUUUUUCUCAGCAGUUUUGGCUGGAUACUUUGCAUGGAGGACUGUACGCUCGUCGCCGGAGAUUGAAAGCAUAAAUUCCGAUGACUCAGCUGUUGAACAGAAACCAUUGAAUGAUAAACAAGAAUUCAAUGUAAACAAGAUGAUUCAAAAUGGAUUCUGGGUAUUCGUCGACAUGGCCAGCGGAAAGUACCUGUGGAGGAAUCUAAAGGAGACGAGGAAAGAUGAGAAAGUGAAGAGCUGCUAGAAUUUCAUCUUCUUGUUCUGUAAUCAAACUAUUUUUGCCCCUUGUUCUUGCUGUGGGGGAAGAGGAAGAAAUGGGAAUUUGAGGGCUGGUCACUUGUAAUUUUCAUAUCAUUCCAUAGCAAAUUUAGUUAUUUCUGUUGAUAAUCCCUUUUGGGUUAAUGAAAUUAACUGUGUUCAUAA